AUGUUGGCGGGAUGUACGGUCGGCGGUCGGCUGGAGCAAUGUGGAGACACGGCAGCUUUAGGGCGCGCCAAAGCGCUGAGCGUCCAUCCCGAGUCUGCCUCUACAAGAUGGCGUCAGGAGACUCGUCGUCCACUGGCGCUAUCUGUCGGAACUCAAACAUCACUUAUCGAACGACUAGGCUUAACCCGACCGGAAUUGUGCCCCUGA